GAGCUCAACACUGAGGUUGGUUGAACACACACCGUACCAUCAGAGUUACAUUCAGACACACACACGGAGGAUGGACGAACACACACUUUACACUCUGAGUUACAGACAAACACAUUGAGGACAGACAAACAUACAACACUCAGACUUCAGCAGAGAGAGACAGAGAGAGAGAGAGAGACUGCUUAAGCUGGAACAUGGACCGAUCCGACCCCUAGCAGUCAAUCAAAAUGAUGGGCUCUGGCGUUACCGGGGGCAACAAGAAGAAGUCCCAGACCCUGGGAGGGGUGGACCCGGACACCUGCAUGAUGGUGUUCAAGAACCACUGGACACAGGUGGUAAAGAUUCUGGACAAACACGAGCCGAGUCGCUGCGGUGCUCUGAGCUUCUUCUCUGGUCUCUCUGGCGCCUCCCCAGGUGCCAGUGGUGGAGGAGGAGUACUGCGCCUACCCACCAUCCCCUCGGACGAGGCCAGCGCCGUGCACAACUACGUGGAACACAUGCUGUACCUUCUGAUGGAGGAAGAGCCCGGCCGAGGCGGGGCCAUGGGUCCCAUCCUGGAGCUGGUGGUGGUGGAGGGGGUGAUGGAGAGGCUGUUCCUGUGGAGCCUGCGCCGACACUUCACCGUGGACCUGAAGCUGGAGCAGCUCCGGAUGUACCAGAUGCUGCUGAUCCACGCCCGCCAGCCCCUCCUGCACCACAAGCCCAUCCUCAAGCCCCUCAUGGUGCUGUUGGCUUCCUGUGCUGAGAACACCACAGAUGGAGGCGGGCAGGUGGAGCAGGUGGAGCGGGAGCUGGUGUCUCUGCUCCAGCAGCUGUGUGUGUCUCUGGUCCGAGACCCGUCGGUCCUGGAGCUCUUCUUCCACUCCACCCAGGACCAGGGAGCGGCCAACUUCCUGCUGUUCUCCCUGCUCAUCCCCUACACACACAGACAGGGCCCAGUAGGGGAGCAGGCCCGAUCUUCCCUCCUCCUCAUCAUGUCUCUGUCGGCCUUAGAAUCAAGAGUCACCCAACACAUAGUGGAGCACACCUACUUCUGUCCUGUUCUUGCUACUGGUCUGUCAGGCCUCUACUCCGCCUUGCCUGCUAAACUUAAGGUGUACAGCGAAGACUGGCACUCCCUGGAAGAAGCUGAUUGGAUGCAGGUCCCGGCUUUAGUUCACUUCCUGCAUUCUCUGGAGUUCUGCAGUGCUGUUAUCAAGGUGGCUCACCCUUCCAUAAGGUGUCAGUUGCUAGGUUACAUCUACAAUGGCUUCCUGGUGCCUGUCUUAGCCCCGGCCUUGCAUAAGCUGACAGUAGAAGAAGUGAUGACCACCACUGCCUACUUGGAUGUGUUCCUGCGCUGCGUCUCCGAGCCGGCUCUGCUCCACACCUUCCUGUCCUUCAUCCUGCUGCACACGCACGACCACGUGCACAUCCUGGACACACUGGUCAGCCGGAUCAACACCCCCUUCCAGCUUGGGGUGGUGUCGCUGGCCCUUUUCAGGACUCUGAUUGGUCUGUUCUGCGAAGACGUCAUGCUGCAGCUGGUCCUCAGGUAUCUGAUCCCAUGUGAGCACCUGGGCAGCAGGGGGCGCUCCCUGCUGCACGAGAGGGACUGCUACUCCUCCAGCGCCUCCUGCUUCCUCCUCCUCACCCCUUCCUUCUGCCCCCUUCGGCCUCCUCUCUACCCCCACCAGACGGCCCCCCCCCUCCACAGUGAGCACAUCCACUGGCCCCGGGGCUCAGCAGGUGUGUCUGAGGGAGACAGCGUCGCUUACUGUAGAUCCUCUGGCUUCCUGAUCCAAGUCAACUACCUGCACUACCUCCGGGAGGCCCGCCGAGCCAUCUGCACUUCUACCAGGGCCUGUCGGACCUGGUCUGCUCCGUACGAUGGCCUCAGACCCCUCCCUCACGGCGGGGAGAGAAGAGGUGGGGAGGGGGGAGAGGAGAACGGAGGACAGAUGGAGGCGGGAAGGGGAGGAGGGGAGGGGGCAGGAGAGGAGGCAGACUCCGUCACCGUGGGCAACGAGAUGGACCGUUGCAUCUCCAUGUACGAGCUGGAGUGGGACGACAUGUUCAGGGACGACGACCCCGCCAUGAUGUCAUCGUCGACGUCGGCGUCAGGGGUGACCGAGCCCCCCAGACACAUCCAGGAGAUGCGCCGCAGCGCCAUCGUCCUGUUGCGCGGGGGCGGGGCCUACGCGGAGGAGUCAGACUUCCAGGACGAUGUGCUCGUGUACCACCUGGUCGCCCUGAGGGAUGCCAGGACGCCCGGCACCCUGGAGCCAGACACCAGCCGGCUAGCUGCUAGUAGCCAGCUAUGUAACAGUAGCCAGCUAGCUGAUAAUAGCCAGAUAGCUAACAGUGGCCAGAUAGCUAAGAGUAGCCAGAUAGCUAACAGUAGCCAGAUAGCUAACAGUAUCCAGAUAGCAAACGGUAGCCAGCUAGCUAGCAGUAGCCUGCUAGUUAAAAGUGGACAGAUAGCUAACAGUAGCCAGCUAGCUAGCAGUAGCCUGCUAGCUAAGAGUGGACAGAUGGCUAGCAGCGGACAGACAGCUAACAAGACAACGGCCUUGGCGCCACCACAGGUGCGCAGUGUGGCGGAAACAGUGAACAAUAUCAUGUCGUCACGGCGACAGAGCGAAGAUGCAACGAGAGAGGAGAGGAGCAGGAGAGGAGGAAAGGAGACAAGAAGAAUAGAAAGAGGAGGGAGGAGGUGCAAGUCCCUCGUAAACGGUUUCACGAAUUACGACCAGGACUGUCACGCAAGCGCCCUCACACAGCAGCGUAAACACCCCAAACCACAGGACCACGCAUGCCUAAACACACACCAUAACGCGCAACUAAACAAACAACACAACACGCACAUGAACGCACACCAAAACACACGUCUAAACACACACAUGAACAAACACCGAAAGAUGCACCAAAAUCCACACCUAAACACACACCAACACACACACCCUGACACACACAACACGGAGUCCUUGGUCACCGGGGAAGCACCUGGUGACAGCUUCCUGUCUGCGUACCAUGAGCUGAUGCUGUGGUUGGGCAGGGACCCCAACGCUGACCCCGACGACGACCAUGACGACGACCCCAGUGACCUCGUCACAUUCAGGAGACGGGUCCAAGCACUGAGGCAGAAACAGGAAGAGGAGGGGCUUGAGGAGGAAGUGGACUUUAACUCAUGGAAGGAGGACGAGGACGAGGAGAGGAGGAGUGGCAGCAGGGAACAAGGCAUUUCCUUUACAGGUCCAUUCCUCAGCGUUCUGCUCUCUCGGCUGGAGAACCUUCUGGACAACUCCAUCGCCGUCAACCUGCUGCUCACGGGCAUCCUGGCUCAGCUGGCCUCGUACCCGCAACCUCUGCUCAGAUCCUUCCUGCUCAACACACACACACUGAGCACACGCACACUCUAUCAGGUGCUAUCGUCAGUGCGUGUGCAAAUAGAGAACUAUAUGUCUGACAGACCAGACUACGUUUCCAUGGUAACACAGGCCUGGAGGUUCCUAUUGGCCAAGGACCAGAGGGUCGGAGCUCCCAGCGGGACGGGUGCCCCCCCGCUGCCCCCCUGCCCCCCCAUGCAGUCCCAGGACAAGGCGAGGGUGUUCGCCAUCGUCCUGUACGGAGAGUUCCUCAAAGAGCUGGCGGCGCUGGCCCAGGAACACAGCAUCACGCCCUGACCUACUGGGUAUACUGGUGUUACUGGUCUGAACCAGUAGCAUCACACCCUGACCUACUGGUUAACCUGGUGAUACUGGUGAUACUGGUCUGAACCAGUAGCAUCACACCCUGACCUACUGGUUAUACUGAUGAUACUCGUCUGAACCAGUAGCAUCACACCAUGACAUACUGGUUAUACUGGUCUGAACCAGUAACAUUACACCAUGACCUACUGGUUAUACUGGUCUUACACAGUAGCAACAUGCUAUGACCUACUGGUUAUACUGGUGAUACUGGUGGUACUGGUCUGAACCAGUUGCAUCACACCCUGACCUACUGGUUAUACUGGUCUGAACCAGUAGCAUCACACCCUGACCUACUGGUUAUACUGGUCUGGACCAGUAGCAUCACACCAUGACAUACUGGUUAUACUGGUCUGAACCAGUAACAUUACACCAUGACCAACUGGUUAUACUGGUAGCAUUACACCAUGACAUACUGGUUAUACUGGUGAUACUGGUCUGAAACAGUAGCAUCACGCCAUGACAUACUGGUUAUACUGGUCUGAACCAGUAGCAUCACACCAUGACAUACUGGUUAUACUGGUCUGAACCAGUAGCAUCACCACAUGACAUACUGGUUAUACUGGUCUGAACCAGUAGCAUCACACCAUGACAUACUGGUUAUACUGGUCUGAACCAGUAGCAUCACACCAUGACAUACUGGUUAUACUGGUCUUAAACAGUAGCAACAUGCUAUGACCUACUGGUUAUACUGGUUAUACUGGUCUUAAACAGUAGCAACAUGAUAUGACCUACUGGUUAUACUGGUCUGAAUCAGUUGCUUCACACCAUGACAUACUGGUUAUACUGGUCUGAAUCAGUAGCAACAUGCUAUGACCUACUGGUUAUACUGGUUAUACUGGUCUGAAUCAGUAGCAACACACUAUGAUACACUGGUUAUGCUGGUUAGAUCGGUUGCACUGGUUUUACUGGUUACACUGGUAAGAACAAGCAGGAUCCCACCAUGUCAUACUGGUUAUACUGGUCCUAACUAGUAACAUCAUAUCAUAAAAUACUGCUUUUACUGGUUCAUUGUUUAUGCUGGUUGUACUGGUUAUACUGGUCAGCUCCCAGUGUGGUAAUGCUAGUUAUCACCCAGAAUAGAUCUUAGUUAAUAUGUGUGUGCCACAGUUGCGUGCUACAGUUAAUUUGUAUACAAUUAAAGGCAGGAAGCAUUGAUUUAUACUGUAAAUUGCAUACAAUUAUAUUUAUAUAUAUUUGAAUACAGAUUAUCGGAAUCAAUUUGAACAGAAUAGUAUUUUGAAGAGAUUGAAUAAGAGCAAUAGAUUGACUGUGAUAAUGUGGAACGUAUUCAGUAUAUGUGGCUUAACACUCUUGAGGAAAAGGCUUAAAGAAUAUUGUGUCAGAAACAGCCUUACUCUGAAUGAACCUUAGAAUAACCGAGUUGGACCAAGAAUGUGAACAUCAUCCUAUGCUACGUCAAACUCUUGUAGAUUUCCUUUGUUUAAACUUUGACAUUUUCCCUAUCCUAACUUACUGGUAAAUGUUGAUUUAAACCAAUGAAAUCCCCAGAGCAGUGCCCUUUAUUUGCACUAUGUUGAACAUAACUGUGUUAACUAUUGUAACUGAUAUCCUUUAGAUUUCUGCUUUUACUAUGGUGAUUGAUAACUUUUAGAAUACUGCUGUUACUAUGGUGAUGGAAACCCUUCUGAAUGCUGCUGUUACUAUGGUGAUGGAAACCCUUUAGAAUUCUGUUACUAUGGUGACAAAAUUAACUUCAGAUUGCAGCGGUUACUCUUGUGAUGUGUAGCCUUUAUAAUACUGCUGUAACCAUGGUGAUGGAUAUCCUUUAGUAUACUGCUGUAACCAUGGUGAUGGAUAUCCUUCAGUAUACUGCUGUCUCUAUGGUGAUUGAUGUCCUUUAGAAUGCUGCUGCUACUAUGGUGAUGGAUACCCAUUAGAAUGUUGCGGUUACUGUUGACUGAUACCCUUCAGAAUGCUGCUGUUACUAUGGUGAUUUUAACAGCCAUGGAUGUAUAUUGUCAGAAUGUAUGUCUAGUUUAUUUUAUAUUUAUUUUAUGUUUCUGAGCAAUGUACUUAUUGUAAGUCGCUUUGGAUAAAAGCGUCUGUUUAUUGUCCUAAAUGUAAAUAUAAAUGUUUAUGUGUGUCUUUAUUGUGUGUGUUUUCUGCCCUCGCUUUCUCCUUGUAUUAUGUGAUUAAACUCUUGCCAAACCGAAGACCAUUAAAUGCAUUUUGACAAUCAAACUCA